CACAGCAUCAGUAUUCAGUAUAAAAGCUGGUGGCCUGCGCUUCUACGGUACAGUCCUCAGCAGCUGCAACAAUCGACCCGCCAUGAAGACCUUUCUGGUGUUCCUUGUAGCCGCCGUCGCUGUUGCCACGGCCAGGCCCGGGUAUGUGGGUCUCAGUGGCGGCCACGGUGGCUUUGGAGGCGGUCACGGCGGCUUCAGCGGAGGGUACGGCGGCGGCUUCAGUGGAGGAUACGGGGGCGGACACGGAGGCGGCGGCGGCGGCGGACACGGCAUCCACGCCGGCUACGCCUCCUUCGGCCCCUCCCACAUCGCCGUGGGCCCCGGCGGCUACGUGCAGGACACCGUGGAGGUCGCCGCCCACAGGGCCGCCCACCUCGCCGCCGUGGCGCACACGCACGCCCGCGACGCCGCCGUCAACGCGCACGACGCCGCCUUCGGCCACGGGGGCGGCGGCUACGGCCACGGGGGCGGCGGUUACGGAUACGGCGGGCACGGCCACCACGGCUAGACGGACGCGUGCUCCGUCAAGGAUGACACCGGACCUCGCAUCACGACCGACCCCUCCACGAGAGGGAGAGCACUUCAAAUACCACCACCAGAUUUAACUAUUUAAUAAAAUAAAUUUAUAUGUUGCAGCUACA